GGUUAAGGAUUUAGUGUUUAGUGUUUAGCGAUUAGGGUUUAGAGUUUAUGUGUAGUUGGUAUUAGUCUGCGAUGGUCAGAUAUUAAUCUGUGUGUGGUGGGUAUUAGUAUGUGAUGGGCAGAUAUUAAUAUGUGUGUGGUGGGUAUUAGUUUGCUACGGUCAGAUAAUAGUCUGGGUAGUUUGGAUAUUUGUUAUGUGUGGAUGUUUAUCUACUGAUUUGUAUAUGAUUACAUCAAUUUAGGGUUUAGUGUUAUGGUUUAGACUUUAGGGUUUAGAAUUAGGGUUUGGAGUUUAUGAUUUAGGAUUUGACUUUGGGGUUGAGGUUUAGAGUUAAGGGUUCAGGGUUCAAGCUUUGUGUUUAGUGUCUACGAUUAGGGUUUGAGUUUUGGUUUCGGGUUUAGAAGACAAUAUUGUGGAAAUGAUUUUGAACACAAUGUAGGGUGAUCAAUUUUAGUGUGUGGUGAUAAGAUAUUAUUAUGUGAUUGGAGGAUAUUAGUUCAUGAUGUGUUGAUAUUUUUGCUGUGUAGCCGGAUAUUAGUCUAAGACAUCCAUAUAUUAAUCUGUGUGUGGUGGGUAUUAGUCUGUAUGGUGAAGAUAUUGAUUACGAGCUGGCUCGAUAUUGGUAUUAGGCGGUGGGAUAUUAGUCUGGGUGUUCUGGAUUUUGUUUAUGGUGAACGAAUAUUAUUCUGGGUGGUUUGCAUUUGUUUUUUUGUGGAUGUUUAUCUAUGUUUGUUUGUGUUGAUAUUUAGUUUAAGCAAAUUCAUAAUAAAACAAAGUCAUUUUUCGAUAAACUGCGAUACAACUAGUAUUUAUUGUCAUUCCAACUUGGCAAUCCCAUAAUCUAAAUCUAAAAAAGUAUAACUACAUAAAAAAAUAGAAAAGGAAUAGUUCAAAUGUUGUCUUGCUCGUGCAAAUUCUCGAUUAUCUUCUUUCUCAAGUCCCUCCGAGCCCCCCACGUUUCAAUCAUGCCACGACGAGGUUGGGAUGAUCCUUCUCUUACGGUCUCUUCGUUGUUGUUUUUGUUCUUGCCAUUGUCCAAUAUCCCUGGAGCAUAUAUAAAUAUCCACGUAUAAAUCAACUGAUUUAUUGGCCACACAGAACUAAUAUAAGGAAACUAUAAUCCACACAAUAAAGAGCAAACAAAUAUCCAAACAUGGAGAACAAAUAUCCAAACAUGGAGUACAAAUAUCCAGACAUGGAGUACAAAUAUACAGACAUAAUAUUUUCAAUAUCUGGACAUCACAGAACUAACAUUAUAGAAGUAAUAUCCAGAUACAACGAACAAAUAUCCAGACAUAAUAUAACAGAUAUCUCAACUGCACAGACCCAUAUCCAAUCAAAUCCACAAACCCAGAAAACAUAUCCACAAGCAUGCUAAUUGUUAUCCACUAUGAAAGAAACUAAUGUUUUGGAUCUACAAUUCGAAUCUCAGAUCUCAACCACACAACUAUCCAGACAAUUGAAAACCGAUAUCAUGCCCGAACAUAGCUAAUAUCGAAACGCAUACAAAACAUAUCCACAAAACCCAGAAAACAAAGAAACCCAGGUCCAGUCAAAUCCACAAACCCAGCAACCCAAACUCAGAUUCAAUCAAAUCCACAAACCCAGAAAACAUAUCCACAAAAUAAAAAAAUAAAAAACAACCCAGAUCUAGUCAAAUCUAAGUUACCAGAAAACAAAUCCAUCAAACUCAUCCAGAAAAACGUAGGAAAAGGAAAACCCAGAUCUAGUGGAAGCUAUGAAAACGAACAUGAGUAUCCAUGACCAAAAGCAAAAAAAACUCUACUACCUCAGUAAAUGAAGUUGUUCUUUCGUCAACGGCUGCCGUCAACCAACCCCUUCGUUGCCGCUGCUACGUCGCCGCCGUCGAGUUCGCUGCAAAGCGCCGCCGUCGAGAUCUUUGUCGUCGUGAUCGUCGCCGACAAGUUCGCCGCAGCGCGCGGCCGCUUCUUCUGCGUUCGGGAGAGGAGGAAAGGGAAAAGGAGAGGAAAGGGAGAGAGAAAGGGGGAAAAUAAUGUGGCGGAGAACUGAAAAGGGGUAGGGUUUAAGGUAAUUUUUUGGGUUUUUGAAUUUGUGGGCCCGAUGGGCCCCGCAGGCCGUCGUGGGCUUGGCCCAGCCAAUAGAAUCGGCUCUCCUCCCUCACAUUCUGGCGCAUUUUCUCCUCCACCGAUGGAUGGUGGCUUGGCGACGUGGAGGCCCAUCCAGCCAUGUCAGUAUCUCCUAACAAAAGCCCUUGUUAGGAGCAUAACUAGAUUGCGGCCCAGGAGGCGGAUGGUUGACGAGUGGGUGGCGGGUUGCCCGCAAACCCGAUCACCAUCAAAGUUGAAUCCCAAUUCUAGAAUUCCUCUCAUCUUUCCUUUCUCUCUUCGAUAUAUUGUCAUGCAGCAGCAGAGUCCAAUUUUCCAAAUAAAAACUCCAUAGUUCUCAAUGGAAUUCCAAAAGGCCAGGGUCACUAAGUUUGAUGUAUUUUCUAUCGAUUUUGUUUCUUCUCCAGGUGUUAGUUUACUUUAUGACAGCUGGGUGAUAAAUCCAUUGACUUUUGCUGCUUGCUUUUUCACUAUAUGCAUCUUCAAUCAGAAGAUUGGGCAAGAAAUGCAGAAGUUAUGUUAGCAAGUCAAUAGCUCAUUUUACAUGUGUUGAUUUCUGGGUAAACCCGACGAUCCAACCGAAUCAUCCGUCUUCCGCCCUAUCCAACCCGAUGGUAAGUGUGGGUGGGUGACGGGUGAAAAAUUGUCAAUCCGUUGACGAAUGGUGUUAGAAACAAGGUUUCUAACGUGUUUAGGGAUUGGGGAAAUUAGCUAGAUCAAUUAGGGAUUAGGAGAUAUGAAUUUGAGAACAAGAAGGGGGAAAGAGAGGGAAGCUGCUGCCGCAGCUAUGGAGGGAAGCUGCUGCCGCAGCUAUGGAGGGAAGAAAGAGAGGGGAAAGUCGGCGCAAGAGAGAGAGAGGGAACAAGAUUAGGAUUUAGGUUUUAGUUAUGUAAUUUCUUAAUGAAAAAUAAUGCCCUAG